AUGUUCACUGCAACGACCUUGGCCAUCUUAUCGGGUGUCCUGGCCCAUUGGACUGUGUUCAUCCAUAGCGAAUGGCAUCUCAAGAUCAUGAAACUGGGGCUGACACAUCUGGCAAUCUAUGCAGCACUUUAUGUUAUCAGGGUAGUUCGGGAGGAAUACAAUCUCCACAACGAGAAUACCCCAAGCCCCACGAUUCUGAUGCUGCUCUACUUCUCAUCUCUCUUCACCAGCAUCGGCAUCUAUCGUUACUUUUUCCAUCAACUGCGCACUUUUCCCGGUCCUCGUUUGGCUGCAAUUUCCAAAUUAUGGCACGUGUGGAAAUGUCGGACUUCGCGGGGACACCUAGUGCUUCACGAUUGGCAGAAGUACGGCACUUUCGUUCGCACCGGUACGACCAAGGAUGCGCGUUCCCUGUUCCAGUAUUUCAAAACUGAUAUGAGAUCCUUAGGUCCCGCGGAAAUCACCGUUUACCAUCCCGCGGCGUAUGAGGCGAUGGAUGGGCCGGGCAAUCAGAACACUCGAUCGGAUUGGUACGAUCUGCUAUAUCCCCGAAUCUCGUCAAUCUUCACUCGCGAUCGUGACCUACAUAAUGUCCGGCGGAAGAUGUGGACGAAUUCGUUGAGCAGCUCCGCAAUCCGGCAGUACCACAAUCGCAUCAUCGACAAGGUCAACACAUUAGUUCAUCUGAUCGAUGAACAGAAGUCUCGGUCAGUCUAUAUCAACGACAUGAUGUACUGGUUUGCAUUCGACUCGAUGGGUGACUUCGCCUUUAGUGAGGAUUUUGGGAUGAUGAAGAGCAAGAAGUGGCAUCAGAUCAUCUGGAUGUUCCGAUAUGCCCUGGCUCUGUUGGGCCCGUUCAGCCCGGCGAUUUGGAUCCCUCGUCUAGCAUUCGAAGUGAUUCCCGGCCUUUGGUGGGCCAAAUGGUGGUUUCAAAUGUUGAAAUUCUGCGACAAGUGCAUGGAGCGACGGAUGAAGCGCACUUUGCCGGACAAGGAUAUUGCCUCUUUCUUCAUCGAAGAGCAUAAAAGUAGUGUCGAUCAGCGCAAAGAUCAUUGGCUGAGUGGCGAUACCGCGACUCUUGUGGUGGCGGGGAGUGAUACCAACGCCCCCACUCUCACAGUUCUCUUCUACUUCCUCGCUCGCCACCCAGAACAUGCGGACAAAAUUCAUGCUGAGCUUCAAACCCUGACCUCCCUCGAAGACGCGGUCGGGCUAUCCAAGCUCCCCCACCUGAACGGAGUCCUGAACGAAACCAUGCGUCUUCUUCCCGCCGUCCUCACAUUCGGAACCCGUGUCACACCUCCCGAAGGUUUAACGAUUGAGGGCACAUUUAUUCCUGGAGGUACGAAGAUCUGUGCACCCAGGUACAGCAUUGGAAGAUUGGAGUCAGCCUAUGAACGAUCUGACGAUUUCAUCCCUGAGAGAUGGUACAGUCAGCCCGAUCUGAUUCGGGACCGUCGAGCCUUUGCCCCAUUCGGAGUCGGCAAUACAAGCUGUGUAGGUAAAAACCUGGCUCUGACACAGAUCCGCAUGGUCGCCGCAGCCCUUGUGAGCCGGUAUCACCUGGAUUUUGCACUGGAGAGCAAGAAUGGCGAGCUGGUGGAAAAGGAAAUGAAAGAUCAAUUAACUGCGCAGCCGGGGCCAUGUUACCUAGUAUUUACUCCUCGGAUUGAGAAAUAA